AUGUCUUUGAAUGGGCUCGAUUCUGCCCCCGUCGUGGAAGCCUACCAAAGUGCCCUGGCCGAUGCGGGCGGGUGGUUUCUACUACACUAUGUCGCAAGAGAUGAGGUUGCUCUCCACGAACGAGGCAACGGCGGGGUGCCGGAAAUCCGGAAUGCCAUCGACGGUUACGAGGAAUGCUCGCCGCUCUAUGGCUUUCUUCAAUACCGGCGCAGGAAGGUGAUCAUCCGCUACAUGCCGGACGGGCUAUCCCGGCUCAUACUAGCCCGAAGCAAUGUCCAAUUCCAGUCCGUGACCGAUAAAUUCAGCCCGAACGACACUGUACUUCCUCUGUCCAAAGCCUCCGAUCUCACCGAAAGCGCCUUGUCCUCUGCUUGUCUCCUUCAUACCGCUUCGACUUCAAUCACCUCUUCUUCAAGUUCUCUUCGCCGCCGCCGGCUGAUGGAAAUCACGGAAGAUGCCGAGGAAAAUGGCACAAAGGAUGAAGCUCCAAAACCAAUUCCACCUCCCCAGUCGGAGGCCCGCCGUACUCCAAGGAGCGUCAAAUCGGAAGCUACCCUAGUGCCGUCGCCCAUUGAACCCCCCGUGGAACCGGAACUACCUCCAACAUCACCAGAAAGCGAAAAGGCGUCAGUCGACCUUAUGCCACCCCCAUCCCGGGCGAGCUCCAGAGCUACAAUCUCUCGAGGGAGUCCCAUCGAACCACAAUCAGCAACUAUGUCCCCCAAGUCCAUGAAAUCAAAUCGCUCUCGCUCUAGUUCUAGAUACCGAGCUAUCUUGGAUGAAUUUCCCCGUCCUUCAGAAGAGGCCCGGUUGUCCACGCAAUCCUCCCGCCCAUCGAUUCGAGAUUUGGAACGGGCUGCGGGAUACACCCCAAAGGUUAAGCUGGGACCCCGGCCGUCCGUGGAUAGCACUGGAAGACCUCGCACAGCAGGCAGUACUCGAAAUUCAGACCAACGACCUGUUGCGUCCCUGCCAACAAAUAUGCGCUCUUCUUCCGUGCGGAAGCAAAACGGUGAUGCGCCCCGUCCUCGAUCUCAGGGGAGCACUUUCGCAACCAAGCCCACUAGUCGUGUGCCGCCAGUCCCACCUUUGCUGGUCCCACCCCCUUCUAUUCCUAUUUCGAGACCUCAACUUUCCCCUGGCGCCAAAUCUCUCGGAGCGUUGUCGACCUCCUCGGGGUUGACCCCUGAGAAAGAGCGUUUGAUGAAGGCUUUGCAGCAAAGAAGGAAAAAUAUGGCUAAGCGUGCGGAGGAAUCGAAGAAGAAGCAGGUCUCUGAGGAAGUAGAGCUCAAACCAGUGAAGGAUAUUGCCAAGGAUAUGGAUGACGAUAAAGAGAAUCUCAUUCAGAUUCACUACCCUGAUUCUGAAAUGCUGCUGUCUGAGCCCGAGACAAUUCGACAAGACCGGCAGGAGUUACCUUCGGCCAAUUCACCUGUGCCUCCUGAGCCCGCCCCUGAGCUUGUUCACGAGUCUGUACUCGAACCCGCCUUCAAGCCCGUUCACGAUCCCACUCUGGAAUUUUCCCCUGAACAGACAAUUGUUGAAUCCGCUCCUGAGCCUGUCGUCGAGGCAGUUGCUGAGCCCAGUCUUGAACUUGCUCCUAAGCCUGUUUACCCAAAUCCCGAGGCUCUCCUCGAACCAGUCGCCGACCCAAUCGUUGAGUCUGCUGUGACGUUUGAGCUAGAGCAGCCUUCUGAGCCUCUUGAGGCUGAAUCAGAACCGAUCUCUGAUCUUUCUCCUGCCAAGGCUGAGGAUAGGCCAUCCUUACCUGCUGGAACAAGUGCCGACAAUCCUAUUUCAGCUGAUCGUGCUGCUACACCUCCAGAGACUGUCAAGGCGGAAACACAGCAGCCACCCCCUGAGGAUGAAACACGCACUGAGUACGAGGACUCCGCAAUCCCUGAUCUUGCCCCACCUACCUUUAAUCUUGAUGUUCCACUUCAAAAUGAGCCUUUGGAUGCCCCCCGACCUGAUUCAGAGGACGUCCCCGAAACACAAGUUGAAAUUUCCCCAGUUGCACAUGUCUCAACUGAAGAACCUUCUGAGGUGCCUAUCUCAGCAGAGGUCCUUCAAGCGGUUCCCCUCCCCUCCACCCCCUCUAUUACCCCUCCAGAAAGCACCGCCACGGAAACUCCAACCGGCCCCGUUUUUGUUUCUGUCGAGGCGGACAAGCCGACCCCUGAUCAACCAAUUGCCGAGAAAGCCGAGCCUCUUACCCUGGAUCAGAGGCGCAAGAUCCGCCUGGAGCCUAUUCAAGUGCCUACCCAAGUGCCUACCGUGGAGUUCUCGGACGACGACAACCUCCUUUCCGACGAUUCAUUCAUGGAGGAAUUGACCUCAGCUACUGUCCAGGAGGCCAGACCAGUAUCUGUGAAAUCUCCCAACGGCGUCGAUCACACCUGGAGGAAUUCACGUGCCGUCUCGAGCCCGUUCUCUAUGGGAUCGCCGUCGGGUAUGCAAAGUCUCGCAGUAGGCCGCUCCAUUUCUAGCUCUCACUCUGAAAAUGGCCCGUCUACGCCGGUACUCAUGGCCAAAAAGAUCAAUGUCUCCUCUGGAAUUUCCAGUCGUAUCAAGGCCCUUGAAAAGUUUUCGAGUCGGGAAGGCACUCCCUUGGGUGCUAGUCCGGCUAUCGGUGGGCCAUCAGCCUCCUCAUCUUUCGAGAACCUUCGCAAACGCGGAUCUAUCUCGGUGCCCAGUGGGAACCAUGAAAGCACACCACCAAGCACAAUGCAUUCUGCUCACACCCCGGACAGCUUCACCCGUGCGCCCAGCUUGAGUCGGCACAACCGUCAGGUGUCCGUGGAAGUUACGCGCCCUGCCAACUCUGUUUCCGUGACGGCCCGUAUCGUGCGAGACGCGGAUAUCUCUCCCGGGUCUUCUGGAGUUGAGCCCUCAGAGUCCGAUGUUGUCAACCUCCAGGCUAGUCCUUUGACUGUAGAGCACGAAACAGCCGAGGCACCACUCCCUCAGGUCUCGACCAUCGAACCUGCCAGCCUUCGCCAGGACCGAAGCACGUCAAUUUCAUCUACUUCGUCUAGUCGCCAGGCGACGUCUCGCUCUAACAGCCGUCCCGGAAGCCGUCCCUCUCUCCCCUCGCGCUCUAGGACUGACGACAGCGUCCAAUCCGCCUCUUCUACAUCUGAAGAUAAGAAGAUAUCUCGUACCUCGCGACUCAUGCGCCGGAUGUCAUCGCUCACAUCCAACUCCCGCCGGAGCAUUAUCGGAGCCCUCAGUUCACCAGUCAAGGAAGAGGAGUAUGCUCCCACCGCAAAUGGGUCUAGUAAGGCUCCGGGAUCUUCUAGCUCGCGUACCUCGGAACCCAUUGACAUUGGCGAGGUGAACGUCCAGUUCCCAGAGACUCUUCUGUGGAAGCGUCGGGUCAUGCGCAUCGAUGAAGAGGGAUACAUUGUUCUCACGCCUGGCACCAAUGAUGCCACCACCCGAAACAUGACUAAACGCUACCACCUCAGCGAGUUCCGCACUCCUUGUCUCCCUGAUGAAGACAUGCAGGAAUUGCCCAACAGCAUCUUGCUUGACUUCUUAGAUGGAAAUACGCUCCAGUGUGCUUGUGAAUCCAGACAGGGACAAGCUUCUGCUCUUCAGACUCUCGUCGAGGCUCACAGUGCUCACCAGCAAUAA